AUGCAAGGGCUGGCGGCACUCCUCGAUAAGCACAUCAAGCCCGCCGUCCUCGUCCUCGUGGGCUUCCUCAGCUUUGGUGGAUGCUACUGCUACGAUAACCCGUCCGCGCUCAAGAGCCAGCUCACGCAGCACUUCAGCGGGAGUGUUGCCCAGUCGGACUUUGAGAUGUACUUCAACCUGCUGUACUCCGUUUACUCGGUCCCCAAUAUUGUCUUGCCUCUCUUUGGCGGUAUUCUCGCGGACAAGUUUGGCCCGCGCUACGUUCUCGUCUCCACCACAACCCUCGUGUUCCUCGGCCAGGUCGUAUUUGCCAUCGGCAACUCGUUUCAGCACCUUCCCGUCAUGCUCAUCGGCCGCGUGAUCUUCGGGCUCGGCGGCGAAACUGUGUCCGUCGCCCAAUCUGCGCUGCUGGCGUUGUGGUUUCCUGCUUCCGAACUAAUAUUUGCCAAAGGCAUCAUUCUGAGCGUGAUGCGCCUUGCCACGACCACCAACAACCAACUGAGCCCAACGAUUGCUGAAGCGUACACAGUGUCGACUGCCGUCUGGGUUGGCGCCGCUGUAUGCCUCCUCUCGGUCAUGGCAUCACUGCUCCUUGUACCGAUCGAUGCCACGGCCGAGCAGCAGAUAUGGCUCGGACCGAUCAAGAAAACCAGCACGAGUUGCAAGUCAAGGCCAAUAUCCGCCUCGCCGAUGCCGCCACGUUUAGGUGCUGCUGCUCGCCAUGUUUUCACUGCUGACGGGCGUAUUCGUAGCUGGUCGUUCUGGCUCAUUGCUGUGCUAUACGUGCUGCUAUAUUCAGUGAUGGGGCCGUUCACCAAUAUUGCGUCGGGCAUUUACAUGGAACGCGACUACUUUCGAGCUCCGCCAGUCGAGUGCCAGCGUUGCGGGGUGGGCGCUCUACUCAACGAUGGCCGGUGCAUCCCGGCUGCAUCUUCCGCAGCAGCCAGUCUGUCCAUCUCGAGUGCAUGCCCCCCGUCGCCGCCGUUUGCGUAUCCCUUGCCGGCCUUGUCCGCGUCGUACCGUCCAUGGAACCCUGUGGACCAGUUCAACAGCUCCAAGGCGCCGCCAUACAUGGACGAGAGCUCGAUCAACUGCGACGACGUUGCGUGGAAGGAAGGGUCGUUCACGAAGGCGUAUUGCGACGCCAAAUUUCACGCCGAAGUGCUCGCAGCAGCGCCUCUGAGCUUGCCGUCGCUCGUCAUGGCGCUCCUGGCGCCAGUCUCUGGCUACUUUAUCGACCACAUUGGAUGCCGCGCCAUCAUCGCGACGGCCACGAUGGCCACCCUCGCCAUGGCGCAGGCGCUUCUGGGCUUCCCGGUUGUGUCGCCCUUUGUCCCAUGCAAGCCACCGCCGUGUGCCUCUUCCUGA